AUGAGUUGUUUAUCUGCUGCUCGCCUUCGCUUUAAAAGAAAAUUUGAUGAUGUCUUGUGCAUUGAACUAUUAGUAAGUUUAGUGGCCAAGGUAAUAGGAGCUAAUCGAAUAAGAUUUUCUUUCAGAAAAUUGAACAUGCUUUACAUUACUACCUGGCAGAAGCAUGAAAACGGCUCUAUCGAGACAUCAUCUAAUCCCGUUUCAUUACCCUUUGGAGCAGCUGUUAUGAAAAACUGCCUAACGGCUUGUGAAAACGACCAAACUAAGAAACAAAAAAAGCUUUCACUGAUAUUGUUGGAGAGAUCAGCCGGGCGAAAUCAUAAAUGGAUACACUUUGUACAUGAGUGGCGGCGGUUUCAGAGCAUUGAAUUAUUUAUCCAUGACAAUGUUUUCACAUACUACAUUAACAUUGCAAGAAGAAGAGAGCGAAUAGAAAACAAGCUCCAAGAGAAGAAAUUUGAAAUAUACUAUCCCGAUCAUCAGUGGAUACAGCAUUACCGGGAAGCAAUUAUCUCAAUUGCAAAUCGUGACCUUGACAAACUUGUCGAUGAGUUGAGAGUAUUCUAUAGUUCAAAGCGUCGAACAAGAAUGAUUCCUGUCAUAUGCUUUCUGAUAUUUGCUAUUCUUAAAAAUUAUAAAAGUGAAACGAGUUCCAAGAAGGCGAUGUACGACAAGAUUCAUCGGACCAUACCAAGACCCUCUUCUAGAAGGCGCGAAAGCCUUCGCGCGAGAUUAACAACAGUGGAAUACAAUACCAUUUUAGAAAUCAUUAAAGGUGCCAUAACCCUCGAUCUUAUGCCUGAGCUUCCUUCGCAUUUACAUAGACUCGUACCAUCUGCUGUUCAUCUCGCUAAUUUAACCACGCAUUAUCCAAAAGACACUCAUACUUUCAUUGCUUUCGAAAUGCCAUUAGCAGGGGGUCUCUCUACAUUGGCCUAUCGUCAAGGGGAAGAUGCGCCUGAUCCUUCGUUUCACGCAAGAGAAAAUAUGAUUGGCAAGGAAGUUGUAGAUGUAUGUAAAUAUGUCGGUAGAUUGAUGGAAAUGAUUUUCUCAAUCUUCCCUUGGACCCAAGUUAAGCGAUUCGUGGGUGAUGAAGUACAGAGGCUAAACAAACCAAAGCUUUUCUCUAUUAAAAUCGUCCGCCACAACAAUUGA